CAACUUGUGGACAACUUGUGGACAACUUGUGGUGAUCAGUGAAGAUUGCUUACCAAACAUGACUUCACUGUCCGAUCAAAUCGCUUCACUCAUCAAUCCGUUGCCAUCUCUGACUGAUCCCGAGGAUGACAUCCACACCGAGACGUCUGCCCUCAAUGUGCUCAACACCACCACAACAGACAACAGCGGCGGUGAUCAGCCAUUGAGCGCAAGUGACUUAACCCGCAAAGCAAGAAGUCAUUUGUGGUCUUUGAAUGAGAGGUAUUCAGGAAUCAAAGUCACUCGGGAUGUGCUCACAGACUGGCAGUCAGAGGAUGAACACAGCGAUGGCAGUCAUGAAGGCAAGAGUGGAAGUGACCCCGAACUCGAGGACAGGGAGUUCUAUAGCGAUAACAUAAGAGCGCCGACCGCCUCCUCUGAAGACUUAAACUCCAGUUUUGAUAGCAAUGAGAGUGAAAACGAAAACGAAGAAGCAGUUGAAGAGUUGAGUGAUGGACAAGAUGUGGACGAAGGCAGCGAUGGAUACAUAAAUCAAUUCUCAAACAUUGAUGUCAAUGAAGAUAUAUCGAAGGGAAUCGCUCUGAAGAAGCAGUUAUUAAUUUGGGAUAAUUUGCUUGAAUGUCGGAUUAAUGUGCAGAAAAUACUGAUGGAUAGCAACAGAUGUCCACAAUUUGAUUGUUUAAGUCUUUUGAAAGAAGGUCUACAAGAGAAAGAAGUGAACCAUUCGUUGAGAGAGUCAUCGAAAGCAGCCUUCUUCUAA